AUUGCUGCUGUUGCUUAUUAUGCUCUCACCAUUGAGACCCCUUUUUUUUGUUAUGCUCUUGGUAAAAGGUUUUCUCUGGAGCUAGAGUUGCAGCACGGGCACUACAGAACCAGAACGACCAUUUAUUUAUUUUAUUAAUAAGCUGAUUGGGCGCAGCUCUAUAGGACGCAACGUGAGAUUCGUGUUCUUCUAAAUUAAUAUAAUCUUGUUUGAUCUUGUGUGCUACUAACGUGGUUUGCAGUGUUUUCUAGAGUCUCAGAUUGCUUCUUCUGUCACGGGUUCUUGUGCCUUAUUGGAUUUUAAAAUAGAAUAAUAAAGUUGUCUUCCAAUUGUAAAAUAAUCCAUAAAUAAAAUAUAUAAUUUGUAUACUAAAUCUGUUUCCUCAUUUCAAGCCAGACUUACCUAGGUACAUUUAAUUGGGAGACCCUAGGCUACUUGAUACUUUUAGUGGUCUACUAGUUGGUUUAGGGCCACGUCCUCGGUCACAAUCCGGGUAAUUCCCCCGUGUUACAAUUUUCUGGCGUUGCUGGUAGGAUCUGGCAGUUGGAACAGAUAGUGUUUGUGUGUAUAGAUCCUUUUUUUUUUUUUCCUCUUCUUUCUUCUCUUGAUUUUAAUUGUGCUGGUUCUGUGGUGCUCUAGUAGAGAUCCUUAUAGAUUUUUUUUUUUUGGGUGAGAGCAUAAUAGUGCAACAGUAAGCACAUCGUGGGACCUAGCUGGAUAGACGAAGCUGUGACCAAGGAUCAUCAUUUCCUGGUGCGAUGGAUGAGGAACUUCAAGAACUCCGUGUUCGAGUCCAGCAGUUGGAGGCCGAAAGGAGCCGUCUGCAGCAGGAGAGGGAUUCUGCAUUAGCAAGUUCAAAUCGACAGGAUGAUGUACAAGCUGGCCCAAGUACAAGUGGCACUCCGACGAACAGGGGGGCUGAUCGCAUAAUCUACCUACCAAGAGAGAGAAAAUGUCCAAUCUUCAGAGGAACUCAUGGUGUUGGGGUGGAGGACUGGAUAGAAGAGGUUCGCACCAGUAUGCGAGUCCGCCAUGUUGGACCCACAGAUCAGGCUGCUUUCAUUUUUGACCAUCUUGAAGGGGAAGCUCGAGAUGAGAUCAAAUAUAGGUCAUCAUCUGAACGUGAGGAUCCAGAAACUGUUUUCACCAUUUUAAAGGAACUGUAUGGUUGCCAACAGUCGUAUGUCUCAUUACAGGAGGACUUCUUUUCACGGAGACCUGCAAUGAUUGGUCACAGCAGGCACCUGAGGAGAACAUUGAUGAGGAUGAUGUGGCGUCUGGAUCUUGGUUGGUGCUCCGAGAGACUGGCAGUAAUGCAGCCAUGCCAUUGGUACAAGAACCAUCAGAUAUCCCUACAGUUCGGACGCCUGUUGAAGUGCCACAGUCUCCACAAACCUCUCAAAGCAGUAGGGUUGGGCCUAGAAGAUCAACUCGUAAAACUGCUGGAAAACACUCCAAUCCCCAUCGUCUCCCAGUACCUGCAAGGAAUGAAGAUAGUGGGGCUGCUGCUUCUCUGAUCCCUGGUGCCA